AUGCAGUGGGCGACGAAUGCUGGGCGACACAAAUGCCCCAAAAUUGAUUUUUGUGAAACGAGGGAAAAUGACCCUGGUGUUGUCCGUGCGCAGGAGCUGGAGCUGCGCAUCGAAACGCAGAAGCAGACUCUGGCCGCGCGCGAUGAGAGCAUCAAGAAGCUGCUGGAGAUGCUGCAGAACAAGGGCGUCGGUGGUAAAAUGCUAGAUGAAGAGAGAGUGGCCAUUCAAACUCUGCAAGCCAGACUGAUAGAAAGUGAGGACAAAGUCCGUCACUAUGAGACUCUAGUGAGACAUCGAGAACAGGAACUCUGUAAGACUGAGCGAAAACCCGCAGCGCAGAACUCCGGCCUGCUCCUGCGAGCAGCCCCGCCCGCCCCGCCCACCGACACCAGUCUCCCCGCCCCGCCUCGCCGCGCCCCCACCCCGGGCGGCCGGGCACACCCGCAGCAGCCCGGCGGCUCCGGGCCCGCCGCCGGAGGGCACGCCCCCCCGCGCGCCCCGGCGCCCGGCCCUCGGCCGUUAGCUUGUGUUUCUGUGGUAGACUUGUGUCUGCCGUAUUCAGGAGUUAAAGUGCCCACCAAGAGACACUUUAAAGACGCUCAGAUGCAGUUAGAAAAAGCAUUCCCGCACCUCAAAAUUCCAGUGGGCGGCGUCUAA